AUGAUCUCUCCCACCACCACAGCCAGCCCUUCCGGUGACACGCUCUUCCCCACUCUAUCUUCUCAGGAACUGUGGAGGUCACAAGUGACAGGGUAUGCUGGAUCCAUCACUCGCCACAUCAGCCAUCGUGCCAACAACUUUAAAAGGCACCCAAAGAGGAGGAAACACAUCCGCCCAUCCCCCCCUCCUCCUCCAAACACUCCGUGCCCCAUCGAUCGGAUCCACUUUGGCGAAAUCCACCCACAGAGGUCCUUGUUGGAACUGUUGUUCAAUGGCUGCAUUCUGUUUGGAAUCGAGUUCAGCUACGCCAUGGAGACUGCCUAUGUGACGCCUGCAUUGCUUCAGAUGGGCUUGCCAGAUCAGCUAUAUGGAAUGGUCUGGUUCAUCAGCCCAAUAUUGGGUUUCCUGUUGCAGCCCUUGCUGGGGGCCUGGAGCGACAGGUGCACCUCACCUUUCGGCAGGAGGAGGCCCUUCAUCUUGGUGCUGUCAAUUGGGGCGCUGGCCGGGCUGCUGUUGAUGUUGAAUGGCAGGGAUAUCGGCGUCGCCUUGACUGACACUGUGAACAACCACAAGUGGGGGAUCCUGCUCACCAUCUGCGGAGUCAUCCUUAUGGACUUCUGUGCCGAUUCUGCAGACAAUCCCAGUCAUGCCUACAUGAUGGAUGUAUGUAGCCCAUCGGAUCAGGACCGGGGACUCAAUAUACAUGCUCUGCUUGCAGGUCUCGGAGGUGGAUUUGGCUACGUUGUUGGAGGAAUUCACUGGGACAGGACUAGCUUUGGAAGAGCAGUGGGGGGACAGCUUCGUGUCAUCUACAUUUUUACCUCAAUAACUUUGACGAUAGCAACAGUCUUGACUUUGGUCAGUAUUCCGGAACGGUCCUUGCCAUCUUGCAGCAAGAGGAAAAAAGUGAUGAAGAGUCCUAGCAUACCACUCCCUCCCUCACCACCCCUUCUCUUUGAGGACUGUGCAAAUGAAAACCUCACAAUGCAAAACCCAGUCCGAUUAUAUACAAGUUUCACCAGCCCCAUUUCCCCCCUUAGCCCGCUCACACCCAAGUACGGCAGCUUCAUCAGCCGGGACAAUUCUUUGACGGGGCUAAGUGAGUUUGCCUCAUCAUUUGGGACGUCAAAUAUUGACAGUGUGCUCAUAGAUUGCUUCACAGGGGGGCAUGACAGGUACUUGGCCAUCCCAGCUAGUUUGCCUAGGCAGGCUAUAAGUGUCAGCUUCCCCAGACCUCCAGAAAGGCUCUGUUGCCAUGAAGAUGCUAGCUUGGAAGCAGGAGAGAAUGCUUUAGGAAUGCCCGGGCCAGAUGGAGAUGACCUGAGGGUAGGUUCUCUGGAUGCAAUUAGACCUCGAUCAUCAGGGAUCUUGAAGAGGCCACAGACUUUGGCCAUCCCAGACAUUAUCACAGGCAACAUUCCAGAAAGCAGUCGGAGAAGGAAUGUGACCUUCAGCCAACAGGUAGCAAACAUUUUGCUGAAUGGGGUAAAAUACGAGAGCGAACUGAAUGGAUCGAGCGAACUUUCUGAACAGCCGCUUUCAAUGAAGCUGCUUUGUUCAACCAUCUGUCACAUGCCCAAAGCCCUGCGUAACCUCUGCAUUAACCACUUCCUAGGCUGGCUCUCCUUCGAAGGGAUGCUUCUGUUUUAUACAGACUUCAUGGGGGAAGUGGUGUUUCAAGGGGACCCCAAAGCCCCGCACGAUUCAGAGGAGUAUCAGAAGUACAAUGCCGGUGUGACCAUGGGCUGUUGGGGCAUGUGCAUCUAUGCGUUCAGUGCUGCACUUUACUCAGCCUCGCUAGAAAAACUGGAGGAAUACUUCAGCAUCCGCACACUGUAUUUUAUAGCUUAUCUUACCUUUGGACUUGGCACCGGCCUUGCAACAUUGUCCAAAAAUAUCUAUGUGAUUUUAUCACUAUGUGUAACAUAUGGUAUUUUAUUUUCAACGCUCUGCACACUUCCUUAUUCUUUGCUGUGUGACUAUUACCAGAGUAAAAAGUUUACCGAAUCGAAUGAGGAUCGCACGAAGAGAGGGAUGGGAGUGGACAUCUCUCUCCUGAGCUGCCAGUAUUUCCUUGCACAGAUCCUCGUCUCCAUAGUGAUGGGGCCUUUGACGGCUGCGGUGGGCAGUGCCAAUGGGGUGAUGUACUUCGCCAGCGUGGUGUCUUUUGUUGGCUGCCUGUAUUCGUCCCUCUGUGUCAUUUACGAGAUAUCGCCAGGCGAAGAGCUGGACGAGGAACAGCAGCCCCUUAUGCUGAGUGCAUGAAUUGGGAAGCGGGUGGUGGUCCCACACCGUCAGCCGCCACAUCAACAU